GAGAAGCAAAACAAGGAAGAGGAAAAAGGGAAGAAAAAAGAGAAGGGGAAGAACAAAGGGAAGAAGGAGGAGAAAGGGCCGAGUGAGGAGCAGGUGAAAGCACCGAUUGCAGCUCCAGAGCCUGAGCUUAAAACUGAGCCAGACACUGAGCAGGCUCCUGAUCAGCACUCGAUAAGCAGCGCAGAGACACAGCAGGCUCAAGAGGAACACAAGGAAGAAGCUGCGAUAAAGAAGGAGCCCGAAGUUGUGGAAGAAGUAAAGGAGGACACAGUGAAAAAAGAAGAAGAACCAGCAGAACAGGAGAAAGAAGCCAAAGGAGAGGAUAAAGCAAAGGAGAAGGCAAAGGUGGAGAAGACAAAGAAGGAGGAGGCGAAGAAGGAGAAGCCUGUAAAAGAAACGAAGACCGAGAAGAAGGCAGAAGAGGCUAAAGGCUCCAAACGUCAGAAAACCAUGCAAUGCAAAGUCACCUUACUGGACGACGCUCAGUUUGAGUGUGAGCUUGAUAAACAUGCUAAAGUCCAAGAACUUCUAACAAAGGUGUGCGACCACGUCAACCUGCUGGAGAGAGAUUACUUUGGCCUCUGUACCUGGGAAACCCCAAACAGCAAGACAUGGUUGGAAUCCACCAAAGAGAUCAGGAAACAGGUUUCAGGUGCUGUGUAUGAGUUUACAUUCGGUGUAAAGUUCUAUCCUCCUGAUCCAGCACAGCUAACUGAAGACCUCACCAGGUACUUUCUGUGUCUCCAGCUGAGGAAGGACAUUAUGUGUGGUGUUCUUCCCUGUUCCUUUGUCACACUGUCCCUGCUGGGCUCCUACACAGCCCAGUCAGAGCUGGGAGAGUAUGACCCAGAGCUCCAUGGACCAGAUUAUGUUAAGGAGCUGAGCCUGGCCCCAGGACAGAGCAAAGAGCUGGAGGACAAGGUGACGGAGCUGCACCGCACAUACAGGUCUAUGAGUCCAGCCCAGGCAGACAUAUUGUUUCUGGAAAAUGCCAAGAAACUUGCCAUGUAUGGAGUUGACCUGCACCAGGCUAAGGAUCUUGAUGGUGUUGACAUUACGUUGGGGGUUUGCUCUAGUGGUCUGAUGGUUUACAAGGACAAGCUGAGGAUCAACCGUUUCCCUUGGCCGAAAGUGCUCAAGAUCUCUUACAAACGCAGCAGCUUCUUUAUCAAAAUCAGGCCAUCAGAGCAAGAGCAGUAUGAAAGCACAAUUGGCUUUAAACUGCCCAACUACAAAGCCUCCAAGAAGCUGUGGAAAGUUUGCGUUGAACACCAUACCUUCUUCAGAGUUCCAACAGUAGAGCCCCCCUCAUCACGUCGCUUCCUCGUCUUGGGCUCUAAGUUCCGGUACAGCGGGCGUACUCAGGCCCAGACCCGCCAGGCCAGCUCCAUGAUUGACCGCCCAGCCCCUCGCUUCACACGCUCUGCGAGCAAGAGGCUGUCCCGUAAUCUAGAUGGAGCUGGAGAUGAAACUCUCCAGUUCCUGCAGCAACUCUCAGCAUCAACCAGUUCUGAGGUUGAUGAUUGGUUGCUGAGAUCUGACAAACCGAAGCCUUCUCCUGAAUUCCCAGCCAGAGGGGAGUCUGAGCAGACUUUCAUUCGGCCCUGGGAGGAAGGGCAGUCUGUUCACACAGUCACAGUAAAAUGGCAGGACACUGAGACUGAGCAGACUGGCUCUCAAACCACUGCCCAGACAGUCAGUCAGCUGUGGCAGGAGCUGGCAUUGGAUAAGCAACAGCAGAGGAGAAAGUCGGACGAGUGGUCUGCCCUGCUCAAUCGUCUUCCUCCUUUUCCCUUUGUCCCACCUUUUGAUUCUGUGAAAGAGCCAGCUAAGCUCAGCUUGGCAAAAAUUAGCUCUAUGGACCGGCUGUUGCAACCAGCACUGAUACAGCAAGAUGAUUGGUUCCUUUACUUUGACCGAAUCUUCAGCCUAUCCUCGCUUCAGCGUGUUGACAAACCAUUCCUCCCAGUCUCUCCCCAAGCUCAGUUCCAGGUCCAGGAGGAGGAUGAGCAGGGCAUUUGUGUGGCAGAGCAGGAAGUGACCAGUGAGGAGGACAUUGACAGGCAGCAGGAAACUGUGAUCUUGGUCCACAAGCUGAGAGUGGUGGAUGUUUUGGAAAGGAAGCUGAGGGAAGUUAGGGAUUUAGAGGAAAGGCUCCAGGAAAUGGAUGAGACAGCAGAGCUACUUCAGGAAGUAAUAGAAGAGGAAUUGGGUAAGGAAGAGGUCAAUAGGUUGAGACAGGAAAAUGAGGUAGAUAUGCUGAGACAGGGAAAGGACGAUAUGGAGCAGGAAGAAAGAAUGCAAUUUGAAGGUGUAACAAAAACAGUCUUGAGAAAGUCUGUGAGGACGAUAGACAUAAAAGAGGAUGAAAUGGAUGAAACAGAGCAGAUAAAACAUGUGUUUUUAAAAGGCUUGGUACCUGAAGAGGAAGACUCCGAGGUGAAGCAGCAGAGUGAAAAGGAGGCAACAGAUGAGCGUCUGUCAGAUGAUUGCUUGAGAGAGAAGCUACGCCAGAUAGAAAGGGAAUGGAAAGAUGAGGUGGAGGAGAAGUUGAAGUCUGGAUCUUCAGAUGUCUCCAGUACCACUUCUGUAGUAGCAUACCAGAAGGUGGAGCAUAGGACUAAGAAGAGAGUGACUAUUGUAGAAGAGAGAGGGCAGAAGCAGAAUGGAAUAGAAAAGGUGCAGGUACAGCGUGAUGAAAUGUCAGAGGAGAGUCUAGAUAAAGAUGGGACAUUGUGUAAGACGGAAAUACGGGAGGAGAUAACUGAGAGAGAAGUCACAGAGAGGCUUCAGGCUGAGGAUCAAUCUCAGGUGGCAGAUAAGGACGUCUGGUUCAUACUUUUUGACCGCCCUCCGCGCAGAGCUGUUUUUAAACCACCAGUUACCACUAUGGAAAGUACUCAGGUGGAUGAAGGCGUGUAUUUCACCUCAGAGACUGAGAUCACAACAGUUGAGGAGAAAACAGAGAUUAUAGUAGAAGCGAGACAAACAUGGCGUGUACCGGAGAUCCCACCACCACAGACCAUCACAGAGAGAGAUGAUGGCUGGUUUGUGUUGCUGGAUGCUGUUCCCAGAGAAACAUCUUAUGUACCACCAGUUACCUUGAAGGGAAGAGACCAAAUGGGUGCAGAAAGGUUUAUCUCGGUCUCGGGCGAGGAGAUUAUAGAAGUAGUGUCUGAAGAGAGAAAGAUAAUAGAAGAGGCACCAAGACAUCUACAAGAAAUCCCACAACAGCCAGUGACCAACAAAGAUGAUGACUGGUUUUUGUUGCUGGAUGUUGUUCCCAGAAAAAGGCCAUAUGUACCCCCAGUUACUUUGACGGGAAGAGCCCAGAUGGGUCCAGACAGUUUUGUCUCUGUGGCUCUAACUGCAGCCGAGGAGGAGAUUAGAGAAGUAGUAGCUAUAGAAGAGUCACCGAGACAUCUACAAGAAAUCCCACAACAGCCAUUGACCGACCGAGAUGAUGACUGGUUUGUUUUGCUGGAUGUUGUACCCAGAGAAACAUCCUAUGUACCACCAGUUGCUGUUGCAGAGCGUGUUAAAGUGUCCCCAGAAGAACGUGUCUCUCUGGUUGAAAGAACAACCAUUGAGCGGAGAGAAAAAAGAGUGGAGAUUAUGGCAGAAGACAGAGAAAUAAAAGUGCUGAGUGAAACGCAAGUAGUAGCACUGCCACAGGCUGUGAGAGAGAUAGAAGAUGAUUGGUUAGUGAUGCUGGAUGUUCCCACCAGAGAUCCAUCAUAUGUGCCACCAGUUACCAUGGUCGAGUAUGUUCAGGUUUAUCCUGAAGAAAGCGUUCCUACUGUGGCUGAAACGAUAACAGUAGAGUCGAGGAAGGAGGCUGUAGUUGAAGAGAUUGUGGUGCAAAAAGAGGACAGAGGACAGCAGAAAGUAUCCCAGCCAGUCAGAGAAAGAGAUGAUGACUGGUUUCUUCUGCUGGAUGUUGUUCCCAGAGAAACGUCCUAUGUACCUCCAGUUUCUCUGGCGGUACCGAGCCAGAUUCAUCCAAGUGUUCAACCUCAGCGAAUUGAAGUGAUAAGCAUAGAGCAAAAGCUGCAGCAUGUUGAUCUUAAACCAAUUAGACUGCAGCCUUCCGAGCCACUGUCAGAGAGAGAUGAUGACUGGUUUGUGCAGUUUGAUACUGUUUGUGAAGAGGCAGUCCUACUUCCAUCAGUUGCUGUGGUUGAGCGUAUUGUGGAUGUGGUGGCAGUCACUGAACCGAAACCCAAAUUCAUCAUGGAAGACGUGAGGCCCCCGGUGAAGUUGGUGGAGAUGAAACCGUCACAUCCGAGACAGGUGGAUGACGACUGGUUUGUGCAGCUAAAUGUUGCAGCAAAAGUACCAGCGGCUGUGGAGGAACGUAUCCGUACGCAUCCUGAAGUAAGACCAGCUGAAGGGUUUGCAGCCAUAGAGCAGAGAGCACGGCAGAGAAUUACUAUAGUGGAGGAUAUGUGGCAGCAGGAGAAGGCGGUACAGCAGAAACCGCGUCCAGCAGUGAGAGAGGUGGAAGAUAAUUGGUUUAUUCUUCUGGAUGUGGCCACUAAGAAAUCAGUCGCUGUCACUGAGCACAUCCGCUUCCCAGCAGAGGUGAAAGUUCCUGCUGUGGCCAAAACAAGGAUUUCCGAGAAUAGACCACAGUUUGAGAAACGGAUCCUGGAGGAAAGACGUCCACUCGCACAAACCCAUGUCAACGAUGAUUGGUUUGUUCUGCUAGAUGUUGGCCUCAAAGAGUCAGUGGUGAUUACACAGAGGGGCACCCGUCCUGUCAGCGCUCCAGUCUUCUCCCAGGCUGCUCUGGCUGAGGCAGGGAUCCCCAUGGCCCUCCUCGAUCAGCCCCAGACCUCCACUCCAAUCAGGACCAGCCGGCUGGAGGAAAGAAAGCUGGAGGUCACUGUAGAAGCUGUGGAGCCUUCAAAAAUCGAGACUGUGGCUGAGGUUAAGCCAGCAGCGUGGAGGGACCAGAGAGAAGUAGACUCUUCCCUGAUAACCACCAUCAAUGGGGACAUUCAGCACGAGUCUGAGGUGACGAGCACAGAGGUGGUGCGAAUGCGAAAGAAAAGAGCUAAGAAAAUUGAGGGUGACUCAAUUUAUAUGAGACAUAGCCUUUUAAUGUUGGAGGAGUUCGAUAAGCCUCAGGAGGACCUACUCCGGCACCAUGCCAGCAUCAGUGAGCUGAAGAGAAACUUCAUGGAAGCCGCCCCGGAGACCAGGCCCAGUGAGUGGGACAAGCGCCUGUCCACGCACUCUCCGUUCCGUACCCUGGGUAUCAAUGGUCAGCCUCUGCCCAGUGCAGAUGGGAACAUUAGCUUCCUUUGCAAUGGUUCAGAGACAAAGACUGCACAUGAGGAAACCAGCAGCAAUUUGGGCUUUUCAGGCAUACCAAGGCCCACUGUAAGCCACAAGAGUGCGUCUGAUGGCGUUGAUGCCCACGGUGCUCCAGUUGAGGAGGAGUCAUGUGAUCAGGAAGUGGUUGUAGUUUUUGAGACCUCCUUGGUGCCCAUCCUAGAGGUGGAGAUGGCGCAGCUGCCUCCCUCCCUUGACCCAUGCUGUAAAGCUUUAGAUGGGACGCAGGAGGAAGAAGGAUCGUGUACCGAAGUGUUGGAGUGCUCUGGAAAGAUAGCUGGAUCUUCCCCGGCUUCCUAUUUCAGGGGCGAUGGUCCACAGGUCGUACGCUGCUUCCAGCCCCCUCUGGUGCAGACCCAGACAGUCACCAUCACAGCUGUCUCCAACUCCUUACCCAGUGGCAUCUCCACCACAGAGGUCCCUAUCGUCCCGACCAAGAGCAUCAUCUAUGAGUCUUCAAAGGUGGCAGCAGAUGGGACAGACGAGGACAAGGAUGACACAACUAUGUCCAGCUCCAAGACUGUUACCUCUGAGACUACCAGUGGCACCACAGUCACCACCACUACCACUCACAUCUCAAAGGUAGUAAAAGGCGGAUCUUCGGAGACUCGCAUGGAGAAGAGAAUCGUCAUCACUGCAGACUCUGACAUCGACCAAGCUAAGGAGAAAGACGGCGGAGCAUCAGCAUUGUAACUGAAUCACCACCUGCAUUUAUUCCUUUGACUCUCCACCUCUGACACACACUGACCAGCUCUAUCUGCGUACACAUAUCCAAAAAGAAAUAUUUCAUAAAUCUGCCCCAUUACGGAUAACUAAGUAGAUAAAUCUUAGCAGAUCCUCGUUGUUUUCUUUCUCAGUUGUAGGAAGGGCUGCACAGUGCUCGAGGUUGAUCAAAUGCUCAUCUCAUCCAGGUGGUAAUAAAAGCUUAGUGGACACACUUUUAUUGGUAAAAAAACCCAACAUUUUCAGUUGAGUGGUGUCAGUUAUGUUUGCUUUUAAAUGCUUUUAUUUUCCUAGUGGUUUUUACAUUGUUGACUUUAUACAAAUGCACUGUUUCGAUUCUAGCUUAGACACCAUUAUCAGCAUUUAUUCCCUUGGUGCCGCUUAGGGGAACGCUAAGUCUACAUUCAAGGGAAUACUUUUUGUUGUUGUUUACUUGUCUAUUUAAUUCAGGAGAGACAUUCUUUUUUUUAAAUGAAAUUACAUACCUCACAUCAAUAUGUGAACAAAGAUAUGCUGUGCACAAAUUUGUUGUUUGGCUUUGUUCACUGCUCAGGUACAAAAACAAAACAACUUAAAAAGCCCUUCUUCCCUAACCAGCCAAGAACCAGUAGCCUACACAUUAUUGUAAAGUUUGAAUUAAAAAUGGAUCUAUUUUGAAAUAUUCCUCUAUUUUAUAGACUUAAGGCUUUUAUAGUAUUUGUACAAAUUUGAGGUUUUUAAGUUAUUCAUCCAUCUACUCUUUAAAUUGUAGGUUACCAUUGUUCUGUUUACUGAAUUUCGAGGUCUCUACUUAAGAUUUGCUUACCCGUCUUGCCUGACACCCUGAAUCAUUCUUAUUCGUCUUGUAGUCCAACAAGUUUAUCAAACCUUUCACAAUUUCCAUAUGACAAUGGAGUGCUUCCCUCAGGCCUAUGUUUUUGUUCAGUAGUGUUUAUGUCAUUAUUGCUUUGAAAAUUCUUGGUUGAUAAGAGAAGUUUUACAAGCUUUGGUCUGUGUAUCUCAGGUUUGAUAUUCUUUGUAAGACUACUACAGACCUCCCUAUGAUUGUAUGAGGAAUGUCCGAAUAUUUAUAUCCAUCCCUCCUUUAAAGGGUGAGGUCAAUAAAAACAAAGCUUGUCUGUCACAGUAACCACACAUGUAAGAGCUGAAGGCAGCUGUCCCAGUAUAUGUGGCUUUUCUCUCAUAGGAGCACAAGUUGUCUUUUUUUACAUGUUCUACUAUACAGUAAUUUAUUUGUAUUGUAAAUCUUGUGUGAUUUGAUGUACUGUUUAAACACAAGCUGGUUUCCAGGCUUCCACUAGAGAUGUCACAAUGUUAAAUAUUGCAUUAAUUAUCAACCAAGUUUGUAAAGCCUUUUUACCACAUAGAAGUAGAUUGCUCUCUCACUUGCUGUGUUCUGUGCUUUUCCAUAGAAGAGGAAAUGCUUAAAAUAUAUGAAUCCCUUUUAGAUGACAUGUUUGUUAGAAAAGCCAUUGGUAUUGUAGUUACAUGGACAACAGAUACCUCUCCUAGAAGAAAAAUGUAGAAUUUCACAUGAAGAAAAUAGUUUUUAGACAAUGGAAAAUAGUUGCUUUGUGACUUAUCCCUGUCUUUUAAUUAAAAAAAAUAAAUAAAAGAAUGCAUUGUCUUA